CUUUGUUAUUUCUACAAAAGAAUACUUUAUUUUGUAACAAUGAAAAAGGGAUAUAAGGUGACAGACGUUCGUAGAGAAAAAAAGAUUGGUAUCGCCGCUGAAAACUUAAAGGAGUUAAUUGAGAAAUCCUGCAGAAAAUUGGGUUUCAAUGUCAGUUGCGCGGAAUGCCGGCUGUACGUAGCGGAAGACGGCACACAGGUGGACGAUGACGAGUACUUGGGCACGCUUCCGCCGCAGACACUCUUCGUGCUGCUGAAGAGCUCAGAGAAAAUGGUAACUGAUUUUGAAUACUACUAUCAUAUGAUUCGGUCAACAAAGAAGGAUUACAUCAACACUGGCCAAGCUAUACAGCAGUUCCUUAGCACCAAUGUCAAGGAAAAGUUCCGCAUCUUUCAGAAAUAUAUAGUAGCUGCCGAUGAUGCCAAGACCAUGCUCAGUGAACGGACUCAAGAUCCUAACUGGUUUGAAGGUUUGGACAACUCCGAAAGGACUAAAGAGCAAUCAAUGUCAAAACGUGGCAAGGAGCGGAUGCGGAGCUACUAUUAUAAGACAAAGUCUGCACUGCAAUCGUCAGAUGUGUAUGUGCACUCCUGCAAUGGGCGCGGUAAGAAACUCAUAGAUCAGUUCCUUGAAGAUUUGAGAAAGAUACUUGAGACCCACAAGUAUAAUGACACAUACUUCAAUAGAAAGGCAGAAAAGCAUUCACGAUUGUGCAAUGAAAGUGGGCUCUUCAAAUGUGGUGGACUAUGGAGCAGCGACAAUUGCAUUUACGAAGGAGAACACAUUAUAAACCCGUAUAGAAGCCGCGAAGAGCGGAUUAUAUUCCAAACUUGGAACCUAGAUCAUAAAAUUGAGCUCUCUAGAUCCGUUAUCCCUAAAAUUCUUGAGGCAAUUGAAGGACUGUAUACUGGGAAUAUAAAGUGCAUAUCCUGUGAGAAAGACUUCAAGCAAGGCACCAUUGAGACAGACAGAUAUUACCUGCAAAUCUUUACUAAGGAGAACUUGAAGUUGGUGCACAUUGUAUGCCAUUAUAAGGGCAAGCAUGAUGUGGAGUCAGGAGUGUAUACAGUCUGCAAAAAGUGUUUUGUUGGCCAUAGUAAUGCUUGCAUUAUGGAGUAAAGGUUUACAUAAUAUUUAAUCUUAACUAAUUUGAUUUUAAAAAAAUAUAAUAUAGGUAAGUACUGCAGACCGAUUUUCAAACAGCAUUUGUCUUUUAUAUUUUAAAAUGGAGUUAAUAGAUUAAGGAAAUACAUAUUUUGAUUUAAGCUAUCGAAGAUUGCUGUUUAAAAUCAUCCUAUUUUAAAAAUGUAGUAUUAAAUCGCAAUUUGAUAUUAUUCCCUAUAGUCCCAACAGCACUAGAUGGGACUAGUGAGAAUAAUCCCCAAUUUGGUGUUAAGGCAAGACCUGUGAUAGUGCAAUAUAUUUUAUGAUGAAUGAGAUUAAUUGAGUAAACAGGCGUGUUGGAAAACAUUAUAUGCCAAAGAAAAACACAUAUUUUGUCAUUACAUACUGUAGAUAAAGUUAAAAUAUUUAUUUUUAACAAAUAAAAACCGCUACUGUAUAAAAGAAAGACUUCUAUAAGUAAUAUCAAUUUACAGCCUAGUAAAAAAAGGGUAGAAAAUAGAUGAUAAGAACUAUAUUUUUCAACUGAAGCCUAUUUCUAUAAUCUACACUAGAUGUUUGGUUUUUCAAGUUAUAAAUUACUCAAAAUGGCGAAGCGAAUUUAUUUUCUACUCUUUUUCCAAACUAUUGAUACCCUUUGAAAUAUUUUAUGUGUAGGCUUUUAGGAUACUAGUGAAAUUAGUUCUUAUUCAUUGUGAUUUUACAAUUAUUGUUGAGGGUGUUAGGAAGAUUUUUCUAUUCCUUAAAUUGAUCUCCUCUGCCCAUUUGUAGAAUUAAGAUUAGAAAAUAUAGGUACUUAUUAAAAAUCCCAAGUUACUAAAACGACAUUAAAUGUACGUAAACAGUUCCAAUUUUUUCUAAAUGGUUGUGGGAUAUGUUUCUAUGAUAAAGUUUAUCUAAAUAUUUGAAUUAAUUGAAUAUUUACAUAAUAAUUUGCCUUGGUUAGAAAAAUUUAAUCAUAAACGUAAAAAUCUAAAAAGUAACAUUAAACCUCAAUUUGAAUACAGGGUUAUAGAUAGACCGUAAACAAUUUUUGUUUCCAGAUAUAUUUUUAUAAAAGGUUGAUCACGCGUUAAAUGAUUAUUAUUUUAAUAGAUUUCAUUCGCGUAAUAUUAUUCAAAUAGGUUUUUAUUUCGUUGUACUUAAACUGAACAAAAACUAAUCUCAGUGUGGGUUGCCGUUGCAUGCCAGGCCGGGUCUCUUACGUGUUUCACAAUACCGCACCUUGGACACUCCAUACCAAAAUUAAAUUCUUACCGUGUGCCACAUGAGUGCGAGCGAGACAGACACAGCUGGCACGCUCGCCAUCAAAGUAAGACCCAUUAAAAUUCAUAAAUAAGUUAAAUAGAAAAAAAGAUUGAAUUGUUUUUCGGUAGUUUUAAAUCUGUCCUUUCCUUUAGUAAACAGAAUUUCAUAAUUUCUCUUUGACCUAGGUUGUCACCCAUUUGGUCAAAAAUGUACCUACUUACUUCUUUCAUGUGCCUUCAUUAUUGUUUCCUCGUUUCUGAUAAUUGUGUCGCUGGUUAUAUAUGAAUGAAAACACAUGCUUGAGUUUAUAAAUGUGAACUGUAAUACGUUAAAUUGUUUAAAUUAACAAAGUUAGAUAAAAAUCAACACCCUUCGCAAUCAUGUUAUAGGGUAAUAAAAGACAGAGAAAACCGCGGUGUUUGCUAAUUACAAAAUACAAAAUGUGCAGGAGACCCAGCUUCAAGUGUACAAACAAACUGUAUUAAUUUAACUUUUUAUAAUAUUAUUUUCAAUUUAUUAAUGGACUGAUUGCGACUUUAUCGAAUUUGUAGAACAAUUCUAGUGUUUUAAGGCUUUUUGUUUGUUGGGUGCGAAGAAAGGAUUAGAUAGAGACCCUAUUUGAUAGAUAAACUAUCGAUAUGGAUCAUUAAAAUAAAGGGGUGUGUACGGAUCAUUUCAAGUAAGUAAAUGAUAAAAAGUUGGAAAGAGUAAAAAAAUAUACAAUGUGCCCCAUCUAGUUUUAUAUUUAUGUAAAAGAAGGAGCUUUUAACAUAUACUUUUAUUUAUUUUAGAUUUUGUAGUUAUAAGGGUCAUUUUGACUUGUCACUUACAGUUAUUUGUAUUUUCUCGAUUGCACUAAAAUAACACCGAUCCACAUUUACCUACCAUAAAAUGGACACAAAUAAUCUUAAUAAAUAAGAAAUUAAUUUAAUAAUUAAGAUGAGAAGUUUAUUUUGUUAUGAUCAUAUACUAAAGUAUAAAAAUAUGUAUAUAUGUAUAUGUAUGUUAUAUGUUACUAUAAUGGAUAGUCCACAGCAAUAUUUAAAUGUAAGUAGGUAGAUUUGCGUAGAAACACAGAUGACCUAGCAUGGAAAUCAUAUUAUAAUUUGAAUUGAUAGUGGUGUAGACUACUAUUAUUGUCCGAGUAAGCAUACUAGGGUUAAAAUAAAUUCGUCAUGUUGUAGUGUAUUUUUGCCUGUGGUUAAAGGUGUUGUAAAUGCUACUAAUUGGUCAGCAGGGCCUGAAUUUGGGAAUCUCUAUUUAUUCAGCCAAAUAACUUUUUAUUUGAGAUUUAUGAAAUACUGCUCAAACCACUCGCGCCACUGGCAAGAAUCAGUCCAUCGUAUCAAACAAAAUGUAUAAUGUAGAUGCUUCCAAAUAUAGCUUUAUAGUGUAGUGUGGUAGUGUGUUCAUUAGCCAUUGUUAUGUCUCACAGUAUACAGUAUUAUCGACCUUCUCCUUUUAGAGACGACUUUGUAAUUGUAUAGGUUAGGAAAUUAUAUCAUUAUUGGGUAUUGUAUAAUAUAACAUUACGAUCGGCAAAGGAUUGACACAAGAUGAUCGAACACAAGGCAAGAA